AUGCAUAUAAAAGUGCCUGAUGUAAAAAGGUGUUGUUUCUGUUUUCCAUUACGUCGCGGGAUCAUAAUAUUUGCAUGUGUAAAUUUAAUAUUCUCCCUCGUCGCAGUGGCGUGUCUCGUUAUCAAAACGGAGCUGCAGAAGCUGUCGAUAACAAAUGACACGUCACUGGAAGUCGUGACCUCAACGGUAUUGUUCAGCAUCCUUGGGAUGGGAGUUAUAUUGAAUAUACUGUUGCUUGUGGCUGGAUAUCAGAAAGAUAUAUUGAUGCUACGUCUGUACAAUUAUUACGCAACGGCUACUACCCUGGCGGCUCUCGUGCCCAUCUUUUUGUUGCUGUCUCUUGGAUUGCUCUUCGAGGUCUUCACAGCGUUGUUUGCUCUACUGAUGCAGUGCUACGUAAUCGUUCUGGUGAGGAGCGAAGUGGUAAAGCUUGAAAACGAUGAGAUGAUGUCCAAUGAAGAUAUGUAUGGCGAGAACCUACCAACCAUUGUCGUGCCCGAUGACGUAACUUUGCUUUGA